AUGUCCCAGACUCUGACUCCCGAAGUUACAUGGGCUCAGCGUUCCUCCGACUCGGAUCCUGAGCGCAACUACCUCUACGUCAACAUCAAGGCCCCCGAUGUUCCCAAGGCCGAUGCCAGCCUCAGCAUCACCGAGAAGAAUGUUACUUUCAAGGGCCCCUCCCGGAAGGGCGUAACAUACAGCGUCUCCCUCGACCUCUUUGCCGAGAUCGACCCCGAGAACAGCAAAGUCAACCACACCGACCGUGAUGUCGAGCUCGUUCUGCGCAAGAAGGAGCUCAAGCUGGACUUCUGGCCCCGUCUCCUCGCCAGCACCCAGAAGAUGCACUUCCUCAAGACCGACUUUGACAAGUGGGUGGAUGAGGAUGAACAGGACGAGGCUGGCGAGGAUGACUACGCAAACAACUUCGGUGGCUUCGGUGGUGAGGAUGGUGGCCCAGGUGCCGGCGGUGGCCUCGGCAACAUCGAUUUCUCCAAGCUUGGCGGUAUGCCCGGCAUGGGUGGCAUGGGCGGUGGCAUGCCCGACCUGAGCGCCCUCCAGGGUAUGGCUGGUGGUGCUGCCGGCGCUGAAGGCGAGGAGGACGACGAUGAGCUCCCUGAGCUCGAGGAUGCCGAGAAGUCCACCAAGAUCCAGGAGGUUUCUUAA